AUGUCAAGGGUCCCUGACAGUUGGUCUAGGACUGCUAGGGUGGCGUCUGUGCCUCUCGACAUCUCCUUUCUCUCGAAGCGUGGUUGGGUGGAAAAGUCCCUUGAAUCGAUGCCCGACCUUUGCGUUUUAACUUUGAACAAGUCAGGGAUGAGUUGGGAUGGUAAGGAUAAUGACCAGCCAGUUGAUCGGGAGCGUCCCGAGAAGGGUUCUUUAAUCAAAUGGCGUCGCAGGGGAAUCUGCGGUAGAUGGAAUGCGACACAUCAUUCUGAAUCGUGUUUAGACACUAGAAGAAUCACAGAUGAUAUGAUUUAUAGUAACAAGGGCCGAGCCGAUUAUUAA